AUGGACUCAAUAACCUUCCACCACUCCCCAGAUGUGUUGAUACAUGCACGUAUCUCUCACCCUGCCAUUGACUGCCACCAACCGCUCCUGGUCUUCCUGCACUACUGGGGCGGCUCCUCGUCCACAUGGCACAAACUCACAUCGCCAGACUCCCCUACCUCGCUCAGCGCAUCAUAUCCAAUCCUUGCAAUCGAUCAUCGAGGAUGGGGCAAGUCAACUGGACCAUCACGGGACGAUAACACCGCCUACUCGAUUUCCUCCAUGGCAAACGACGUUACUCUGGUCCUGCAACAGCUCGCAGCAGACCAAGACAGGAAAGCAAUCCUGGCACACGGAUUCAUACUCGUCGGCCACUCCAUGGGAGGUAAAGUUGCAAUGGCGACUGUAGCAACGCUGCCACGCGACCUGGUCAGCCACCUCCGAGGCCUAGUCCUGGUCGCUCCGGCACCCCCUACGCCUCUACUCCUGCCGCCGGAAAUGCAAGAACAACAGAAGGCGGCCUACGAAAGCGCAGAGUCUGUCCACUGGACGGUGAGCCAUGUCCUUGCGAAUCCUGAUAAUCUCAACCAGAAGGAUACCGAGAUGGUGAUACGCGACAGCUUGCAAGGGAACCAGCCGGCCAAGACGGCGUGGCCGACGUGCGGUAUGGCAGAGGAUGUGUCCGACGGGCUGCAGAGGGCUCUGGAAUCGAUGGAGAAGGAGAAGUUGCAGGUGAGGAUUUUGGUCGGAGAGUCCGACGUCGUGGAACCACAGGAUCGGGUAGACAAGGAGAUUCGUCUACUUUUUGAGCGCAGUGGGAUCCAGGUAUCGAUGAGGAGUGUCCCUGGUGUGAAGCAUUUGCUGCCGCUUGAGUGUCCGGAGAUGCUUCAACAGGAGAUUUCCAAGUUCUGA